AUGUCUUAAAUCAAUUUUGAGAAUGAGGGUUAUGAAUAUUAACCAUCUGAACAUUCAGAAAGAGAGUAACCAACACCAACUAAGCCAAAUCAACAACUCCUAUAGUAGUAACAACAAAGAUUCACUUAAGAAUCUCUAGUAUACAGUGCAUCAUCCUAGGAUACAAAUCGUAUAUUUUAGUCAGUAAGUUCACCUAAUUUCUAAAAAGGACCAUUAAUUCUGGUGAAUAAUGAAUAGGAUUAAUAGUAAAAUCAGGUUCUACAACCCAAAUAGUAAGUUAGUAAUUAAAAUAUGCCAAAAGUGGUGCAGAUAAUAAGGCCGGACAGUUCAAAGAAAUAAUAAGUAUAACCUUCAAGUCCUAAUAAAACACCAGUUUAAGAAUCAAAAUUACCUCAAUUUGUUUAACAAUCUCAAUAAUCUCAGAUGUCCUAACUUUCAUUAUAACAAUAGCAACAAUAAUCUUAAUAAUAAUCUUAAGGUACAGUGGCAGAGUUGGAAUAACAACUGAUGUAGGAAAGGUUGAAUUCAGAAUAAUUAAGAAUUUAUAAUCACAUUAUUAAAAUGGAAUUAGAGAAAAAAUUGUAUAAUUAGGGAGUGUUUAUAACUAAUUCAAAAAACAAGAAAAGAAAUGAGAAUGCCAUUGAUAUCUAUUUAGAAUUGUAACACAAUAGAGUGUAGAUGUAAACUAUUUAGAAUGAAUUUAAAUAGAGAGAUCAAAUUAUAUAACAUUUAGAAAAUUAACUUAAAUAAUCAAAUUAGAUUAAUGAACUAAUGAAAAAACAUGACAAUGAAUUAUAAUAAUAGAAUGAAGAGUUGUCAUAAUCGAUGGAAGAGGCCAUGAAGAAUAUCACUCAUGCCAAUUAGACAAUUCAACAAUAAGAACAAGAGAAGGAUGCUUUGAUUGAUCAUAUUGAAUAACAGAAAGAACAAAUUGAACAAUUGCAAUAAUAAGUAGAAAAGUUGAAAUUUGAAAAUUAAGAAAGAAAGAAAUAAUCAGAAACAUCAAAUGAUCAAAUUAAAAAAAUGAUUCAGAUUUAAGAUAAACUAGGUUAGUUGGAAGAGGAAUUACAAUUAAAAAAGAAUGAAGUUGCUACUGCAGAAAAUUCAAAGAAAUAACUACAAAAGAAUAUUUCAGACAAAUAAAAAGAAAUCAUGAGUUUUUAAUUAUAACUGACUGAGGCCAAUAAUAAGUUGUUAGAGUGCGAAUAGGCAAAUAGAGAAUUGAGUAGAUAAUUUAAUUAAAGUGUCUACUAAAUGUCACAACUGAAAAAAUAAACUGAAGAUUAAUAAAGUAGAAUUGAAAAUUUGGAAUAGUUAAAUUAUGAAAUUGAAAGCAAUAUGACUAAGACAGGAAGACAAAUUUGUGAAGCUGAUAGAAUGAUGAAUGAAAAAGAAUAGUUAAUUAAAAAAUAAUAAUAAGAAUUGGAGAAUAUCUUAAAAUAAAAUGAAGAUAUGUCUAAGGAAUUCAAUCAACUAGUUCAAGUACAUUAAUAAUUUGGGGCUUUGAAUGAAAAACAUCAAUAAUUUUAAUAAAAAUAUGAAUUGCUCUAAAAAGAAUAUCAGUAAAGAAAUAAGGAAUUUCAGGAAGCAUCUUAAUAACUUGAAAUCUCUUAAUAAGAAAUUCAGUAGUUGAAGCAGAUAAACAAUGAACUCUAAAAUGAAAGAUAGUAAAUCUUGGAAGAACUUGAUAUCUUAUAACAAGUUAAAUAUGAAUCAGAAUAAACUAUUUAGUAAUUAAAAUUUGAUAAUAAUGAAUUAUCCUUACUCUUGCAAGAAAGAUAAGAGUUAAGUGGCAAAUACCAUGCUUUGGAGAUCAAAUUCUAAGCAGAUAUAGAAUAUUAUGAAAAGACAAUAAAGGAGAUGAAUGAGAAAUUGGAGUUGUCCUAGAAUACGUCUCCAAAUAUCGUUUUGGAAGAGAAGAGGUUGGUAGAAUUGCACAAGAUUUACGAAAAACUUGAUAGAUUGCUAUUUCAUCUAACAUAAAAAAUCACAAAUGAAAAACCAUCAUUCAAGGUCGAUGUAGUAAUUUCAUAGUUAAAUGGGUCAAUUGAAUAGAUUGAAAAGUAUUUCAAGUUGUCUAGCAAUCGUCCCUAAUAAGAGAAAUUUUUAAAUUCUUAAGGAUCUAUGAUGAUAAAUGAUAAUAAAAUGAGUACUAAUAGACCAUCUGACGCGGAAAUAUUCAAAGGCAAUGAUAUCACCAAUAUUAAAUAAAUUUAAACAUAGCAAACAAUAGCAAAAAGAAGAUAUUUUCUAUGA